AUGUGCGCGGUAGCGACAGGGCCGAACUCCAUUCCAGUCUCCCCGGAUUGGGGAAGGAGGUUGCUCGCGGGGAAGGAGCGGGAACGCCCCGAAGGCUCGGACGAGGGGGAAACUCAGCUACCCCCGGCCGACCAGCCCCUCGUCGAGACUACGUUGCCAAUCAAGGAAGGGUCUAGGGGUAGGGUGGACCGCAGCGGCGAGCAGAACGACGCAUCUACUGAGGGGAACCGUCCGCAGGACGCGGGCACUAAAGAACUACAAUGGUGGCGCGAGCAGGGGGUGCAGGGAGACGCCCUGCCGCAGGGGACACUGUGUAGUGUGGGUAUGACCGCCGUGCUAAGAGUCGAAGUGGCCGGAAACCAGUGUGAAGCUCUACUGGAUACUGGCGCCUCAAGGAGUUUCAUUAGCCCUGGGGCGGUAGAACGCCUGCAGCUGAGAACGCGGAAGCUGCCCGAGGAACAUGUGUUCACCGUAGCUAACGGUGCGCAGUUGAGGAUAGUUCGAGUGGUGAAGGGGCUCACAAUGUGGUGUGGGACGGCCCGCCUAGCUGGCGACUUCUUAGUAGGGCCGGUGCCGUAUGAUCUAGUGGUGGGGCUUGAUUGGUUGACGGAGCAUAGGGUAGCGUGGUAUUUCCAGUCAGACAAGCUUCGUACGUAUGUGGAUGGACAGUGGUGCGAUUUACCGGUGGUCCGUGCCACCGAGCCAACACAACGGGAUGGCCGUACGUUAGGGUCGCGUCAGCGGACCCCCGCCGAGCAGGCGUACGACAUACUGGCUAAACAGGUGGCAGACAUGACUAGGGAGGAAGCUACGGCUCUCCUAAGCCCACCCACUAAGAGGUAUAAGCCACCCCCAAGGGGCAAACGGAGAGCAGUGGUCGCUGCCCUGUUACAACAGGCUUCGGAGAGUGCGGCUUGCAUACAUCACCCACUUCAAGGGCUCAGCGUCAUACUAACGCUUCCCGUGAUGGAGUCGGAUGUGGCUUUGCGUCUAGCGGAGGAGUGGCAAGGGGCUUUAUGUUGUGCCUUGGUCGAAGCCUCCCCUUCCAACCCCCACCAACAGUGUCUUAAGGCAAUGCCCGUUUCCGCGUUCCCCGACGACGAGGAAACAUCCCCUUGGCCAACGGCUAAGCUAGAGUACUCGAAAUUCGAUACGUGGUUAACCUCCGAAGAGGCGCAGGAGACUCCCCGAGUGAUACUGGAUGUAUUGUGUGCCCACCGUGCGGUCUUUCCGGAUAAACUUCCUACAGGGUUGCCACCGAAGCGCCCCCACGAUCACCGUAUUCUUCUUGUGCCAGGGAAGCUCCCUACGAAAUCGGCGAUCUAUCGCAUGACCCCCGAACAACUUCUAUUUCACAAGCAGGAGAUCGCUAAGCUGUCCGCUAAUGGGUGGAUAGGCCCCACCUACUCCCCGAUCUGCGCACCUACACUUAUGGUGGAUAAGCGAAGCGACGAGACAGGCGAGC